AUGUCUGCGUCGGUCAACUUUGUCGCGCCUGGCCAGCAGCGCUACCUGCGCGCCUGCAUGGUCUGCCGAACAGCCCGUCCCAUACCGAGCCGAUGCGAGAUUUAUUACCCGGGCGGGGUGACGAUGAUGGCGGACGAGGAACGCUUCCGCGACGAGGGAUGCCCCAACUGCGAGGACUUUCUGCACCUCGCCGGCUCGCAGGACCAGAUCGAGAGCUGCACGUCGCAGGUCUUUGAGGGGCUCGUCACGCUCGCCGACCCGUCCAAGUCGUGGGUCGCCAAGUGGCAGCGCCUCGACGGCUACGUGCCCGGCGUCUACGCGAUCAAGGUCUCGGGCCAGCUGCCGGACGAGAUCCGCUCCGCGCUCGAGGACGAGUACAGGAUACAGUACAUUCCGCGCGAUGGUACAGAGGCCGAGGCGGAGUGA